AUUUCAAUCAUUCAAGGGGAAAAAACAACAUAAGAGAAACCAAAGCAAAAGAAAAAAGAGUAAAGAUGUCUUCAGAUUACUCACCUUCUUCAUCUCACCAAGAAUAUUCUAUCAACAGCUUCCUCUCAAGAAAAUUGCUUCAGCAACUUCCUUUCCAUCACAACAUACAGCAACAACAACAAGCUCAAGGACCAGACAAGACCAACUUGAGGGGCAACAUUCUCCUGCUUCUCUCUAUCCUUGUCUGCGGCAUCAUCUGCUCACUAGGGAUGCAUUACAUAAUCCGUUGCGCGUUUAGACGUUCCACGAGUUUCAUGAUCUCUGAUCCCAUCUCAAUCCCGUCCACGCCACGAGGCUCAGCAGCAGCAAACAAAGGCAUCAAGAAGAAAGUUCUCAAGAUGUUCCCGGUAGUGACUUACUCGCCUGAGAUGAACUUGUCAGGGGUCGGCGAAGAGUGUGUCAUUUGCUUGUCUGAUUUUGUUGCUGGAGAACAGAUAAGGCUGCUUCCUAAGUGCAACCAUGGGUUCCACGUUCGUUGUAUCGACAAGUGGCUUACACAACAUAUGACUUGUCCGAAAUGCAGACACUGUCUGGUUGAUACAUGUCAAAAAAUCUUAGGAGAGUGCGAUGAAGCUGAAGAGGUUGCAGCAACACCAAGGGAGAGCAUAGAUGUUAGAAUUGAUCCUCUAGAACCUGAAGCAAGAGCCAACACUUUCAGAGAAAGCAGCUAGAGAGUAUGUGCCAAUAAACAACUAGAUUUUCAAGAUUUUAGUUCUUCAACAAGAUUGGAACAUAGUUUAUGUCCCUAGCCAGUAGGAUUCCAAAAUCAAACACAAUGGAGCUUUUGUUUGUUUUUCUUUUUGCCCUAAUGUUCAAAAUGUACAGAGAAUAUACCUUAAGCUUUCCAUGGCAUCAUAACUUCAUCAGA